AUGGGCUGUUCCCAAACCUGGGUGAACACCACAACACCACAAGCUCUGUUGAACAUAGACCGCCUGCAUCGAAGCAAACGGAGGCCAUACCCGGUAUUGACUGUUGGGACUGUGUGUUUGGCAGGUGUACCUGCCAACAGUAGCGCCAAGGUGAGCUGGACCCAAGAGAGUGAUCGACUGUCGGUCCUGACAGAGGUUCAAGCAGGAGUGGAGCAUCUAAAAGCUGAGUUUAAUGGAAGCAGGACAGAUCAUCUUAUGACCCGAUGGGAGUUCCUCACGAAGCUGCAGCACCAAAUGAAAGCUCUGCUAAAAAGAGGCGUAUCAAGCUCCAUUCAAGCAAAAGCACAUUAUCAGUUACAAACAGAUGGACUGGACACAGGGCUGGUGCUUCUGAUGGAAGAUACCAGAAUGGUAGACAUCCUCUUCAGUGUCGGCUCAAAGAACAACACGGUUUUAAUGGCAGCGCAUCUGUGGCAACAAAUGAAGCUGCUGCAGGGAGUCAUACCCACCUCUUUGCAGAUGAACUGCACAGGGGACGCCGCCGCACACCGACUCUGGGCUCAGUGCUAUGGAAAUGUGGCAGGCCGCCCUGUGGAGACCGUCCUGCCUCCUCAGACCUCAGUCAACAUCUCUGUUUCGCGUUCUGGCUGCUCCACAAACGGCAGCGUCGUUGUCCAGUCCAGGGACGUUGAGAAAGGCCGCGUCAUUCUGUCCCUUAAGUGUCAACCCUCCCUCAGUUUCCAGGCGUCUGUCCAGCACUCCAUUGAGUCUUUACAGAUGCUGGGAUUUCCAAGCCAUGGAGCAGUGAUCCUGAAUGCCUCGGCUGCACAUGGACCUGCUGUGGACGUUGGCGUGGAGCUGGGGCCUUGUUAUUUUAGGGGUAAUUUUGGGAGGACGAAGAAAUCGGAGGAGGACCUGUCGACAUAUGCUGUUAAAGUUACCAACUACUGUCCUGCACUACAGGGAACCGUUCUCCCAGUGUCCCUGGUUCUUGAGGGCCUCCUGUCAACACUCCCCUGUCACUUGACCUUCUCCUCCACCAUGAGGGUCGACACCCAGGACCUGACUGUGGAUCUUCAUCGGUCCUGCAGCCCUCUUCAACUCUCCGGCUCCAUCAGUCAUUCCCUCCUGGAGCUGAGGAAUCAAGGUCUGCCUCAGAUUAUCACCAUAGAGGCCAGCGCUCCUGGAGGCCCCGAACAGACCGGGACUCUGCUCAUCCAAGCCGGGACAUGUCACAUCAGAGCCACUAGAGUCACUGAGGUCAAAGGAAGGACACAGUGGGAGUGGGCUCUGGAGUCCAAGUGUCCUCUGUUACAGGGUCAUUUGAAUGGAUCGGUUUGGCAGGACCCUCAGGGCGUCUGGGUCGCUGUUGUGGAUACCAGUGUGGAUGGAAAAAGGGGUUUCCUGAGGGUGAAGGCCAGAUCUGAGCAGCAGCUGAGUCUGGAGGGUGAACUGGGUCACAACCUUCCUGUUCUCAGAAACUUCCCAGAGUACAGCAGACUGAGAGUAACCGGCAGGUCUGGGAAACAGCGAUAUGACGCAGAAGCACUACUUCAGAUGGGCCAAUGUGCGGUUACAGCCAGUGGAGCUGUAAUGUCUCAGCCUGGCCUGCAGGGGUCAGUGCUGUAUAACAACAACUGCACUGUCAUUCAGGACUGGGGCAGUCCGGAUCGCAUCCGUGCAUCUGGAUCCUUGCUUGUGUCGCCAGCGGUUGCUGAAUCUCAAGUUUUCAUGUCGAUAGAUAACACGAAGUUAACGGCUGCAGUGACUCUGAAAAAAACAAAGGAUAAAAAUGAAGGAUUGCUGCUUCUGAACCACACUGUACCGAUGCUGAAGAAGCUGGGUGUCCCUGUUAGCGCUGCACUGACGGUGGAGUCAGGGAGUCACGGCAAUGAUUCCUACUAUUACCUUUUACAAAGCAGAGCCGGGAAUCAACAGUUAUAUCAAGAGAUGACAGUGUCAAAGAUGUCAGAAACUGUGAGAGUGCAGAGUGGCUUCAGACAUACAAUCGACCAUCUGAGGAAACUGGGAGUCCCUGCAAACAGCAGCGUUCAGGUAGAGCUGGAUUCUGCUGAGGGUAAGACCCUGACCCUGCAGUCCCAGUUUGGAGGUGACCAGGCAGGACUGAGCCUAAAGAUGAAAUAUUCACCCACGAACAAAGAGAUGAGAGGAACCCUGUGGCACAGCUGGUCGUGGCUGCAGGACCGAGGAGUGCCUUAUAUGACCGAGGGCCUGUGUUCCGUCCAGGGGUUUCCCUCACAGCUUCAGUCCAAGGCUCUGCUCUCCGUGGACCGACACCAGCUGCUCGUCUCCAGCCUGAACGUCACCGUAUCCGAUGGACGCCUGGCCGCGGUCGUCUCCUACUCACCACCGCCAUCCAAUCACACAGCACAUCACAGACUGGACACGGCCCUGAGCGCUCAGUUCAAAGGUCCUCUGCGUAGCGCCUCAGUAGACGUCCACUGUCAGGACUGGAGGGUCCGAAUGGUGGGUGACGUAGGCGGCUGGGGAGGGAACAGAGGGUCCAAAGAAGCCAGAGUUACACUCAAGCACACUGUACAUGGAAACAGCAGCCCAGUGUUACAGGUCGAAGCGUGGGGAAGACUCACGGAGUCACAGCUCAAAUGCUCUAUGGCCGUGAACCCUGAACUCAGCUCCUCACUGGCUCUCAUCGUCCAGGGACAUCACCUGCCUGACAGCAAGGACCUGAUGGUGAAAGUUGUGCAGAAUAUCCCCAGGAUGCUGACAUACCUGCCGUCCCAGCUCAAUGUCCACUCUCAGCUGAACCAGACUCAGUCCAGCGUUUCGGGUUUGGCGGAGGUGUUGUCAGGCAGGAGGCGACUGUUGGCUCUCGGGGAACUGGCAGUGAUUGAGAGCGGUUACCGCCAGGCCCUCGAGCUGAAACAUUCAUAUCCACAGUUCAAGCCGUUCCCCAGGACGGUGGCUUUGAGGACUGUGUACGAAGCCAGAAACUGGAGCUAUCAAGUCCAGCACGGAGCUGUGUGGGGGAACCAGGAGGUCAACGUCAACGCCCUGUUCUCAUCACCUCCAGCCCUGGAGAUGGGAAACCAGAGCCUGCAGGUUCAGAUCAGCUCGGUUCCCCGUUGGACCAGUUUGGAUGUCACACUGGAGCGGUCCUUACAGGGCAGACUGGACAGGAUUUUACUGGACUGGACCAGACAUGGUCGCCUGGAGCAGGUCAGCGCUGUCAGUCUGUGGAGGCAAUCAGAGGACAUGAACGAGACCAGAGUGGAGCUGAAGCAGCCCUUUUCCUCCACACUGAGCCACAUGUCUCUGCAUACCAUCUCAUCCAGCUCACAGAGACAACAGUCGACCAACCACCAGACUCAUCUGUCAUGGGAUAGUGCAGUGCCAGUAAAUGUUUCUCUCACUCUGAACAAACAAUGGCAGGAAAACACCAGCAGGGGGCAGGCAUGCGCUCUGUUCUCAUCCCCACAGACGGUCGUGUCUUCUGUUAAAGGUUGCAUGUCAGUGGUUCAAGAGGGAAAUUCGUAUUCACAACAUGCAGAGCUGAGAUGGGACAACAGGAGCAUCAAACAAGGCAUGAAGUAUCAGAAAGGUCUGCGUGGAAUGCAUAGCCUCCAAGUAAAUGUCUGGCUGGACAAAGUGUCUCCUGCACCUUGUCCUUCACACACUGUCCUGGCCAAAAUCCAGACCAACCUCAGGGACCGUUUGGAACACACAGUCCAGCUGGGCCUGUGUCCUCCUCAGCCUAGUCUGUCGUGGUCAAGUUCCCACAGAAUAAACUCAGGGCAGGAGUUGUUUUAUACUCAGUCUCGCCUCACAGUGUCAGGACGUCCACACCACUGCAGCCUCACCUUUGCACUCAUGAACUCGUCUUCUACGCAGAUCACCAACAUCUCAAUGUUCUCAGAGUCUCGGAUUGGGAACUGGAGCGUGGAGGUGGGGGGCAGCGCCCUGUCCUGGCCUCUGGGAUCUGGUCUGAGGGUUCAGGCCAGACUGGAUGGAAGAGAGCAGAUGUGGCUGAAUGGGUCAGUAGAAGGAAGAUGUCUCCAGAGCACAGCAGGUUAUAUGGAAGGUCCAAGCCUGAAUGAGGACAUCACUUUAUGGGCAUGUGUCAAAAACCACAGCUUGAUCCUGGAUGUGGAGACGAGACACAACAGUGGGAAAGCUCAGAGUCUGGGCAGUGUUUCAGUUGGAUCAGCCAAUCAGAGGCUGACGCUCAGAGCAAGUGGCUGUUUGCAGAGUUUAACUGCAGUGGAGGCGCGGGUCCACUAUUUGAGCUCUCAGAUACGGAAUAAGAUGCUGGAGAGAAUCAAGAUGUUACAGCAUCUGCUCAUUGAAUUCAGACGACAGUCCAGAGACAGUGAGCUGCUCCAGGAGCUGAGUGCCCUGACCCUCCAUGUUUCCCAUCAGGCAGAGUCUGUGUUGGGGCAGAAGGACAGAGGUUUGGCAUCUCUGUGGCAGAACAGCCCCCUCCGGCGCAUUGUCACCGACAGCCUGCCUCGCUUUCUCAGCCUACUGCAGCACACCUCACUGCUGGGUCAACAGGAACUGAGGAGACCUUUGGCCACUCUGGCAGGUGUGUACCAGGACGUGAAGGGCCAGAAGCUGGAGGCAUUAUGGAGGGAGGCGGUCUCACAGUGGACUGAGCGGCUGGUGGAGGAACUGCCGGCUUUAAUGGAGAAUCCACAGCUGAGACCUCUGGCUCAGGCUUGUGUUACAGGACUCAGCAUCGCCUUGGAUGUUGCAGGUCAACAUACCUACCACUGGGUCGAGACCAGGCUUGCGAUGGCUCUGUCUGGGGUCAGGAAACGGCUGGCUUCUGUCUACAAGUUCUCCCCCAGUGACUGUUCAGCGUCAGUGUCAGUGCCGCUACCUCAGCUCCACUGGUCCAGGAGGUCUGAGGCCGACCUGUUGCAGAUCCUGUUGGAGGACUGGCUGCUGAAGCCUCUGCAGACCCUGGCCUCGGUCAGACCCACCGCUGAACUGUACCGCCUCAAGAGGAAGAUCAUGGACAGCCCCUUCAUACACCACGCUUUGCUGGUGGCCGGUCAGUUCGUGGUGACGUUUGAUGGUCAUCUGUAUGAACUACCUCCGUCCUGCCCGCUGCUCCUCGCACAGGACGCCAGCGCUGAGCCCUCGUUCACGGUCAUGCUCGGUUCAGAUUCACAAUCGCACAGCUUCCUCCUGAUAGAAAUGGACAACAACACCAUCACCAUUCAGCACAAUGGACAGGUGAAAGCCAACUGCCACAAUAGCGUCACACACACAUUUCACAGUGAUAAUGGCGUCACUGUGAGAAGAGGUUCAAACAUUGUGCAGGUGUCCAGUCAGAAUGGAGUGUCAGUAUCAUGUGACACGUCAAUGGAUUUGUGCAGCUUGACCCUGGAUGGAUGGCUGCAUGGUACAUCCACUGGUCUCCUGGGGACAAAUGACAACGAGGUGGGGAAUGAUUUUCCUCUUCCAGACGGAUCUCAGGCUGAAGGACUGGACGCUUUCAUCUACAGUUGGCAGAUUAAGCCUGACUGUGUGAAACCUCCGUUUGGAUCAGAACAUUCUGCUAAAUCAGCCUCCAGCCCUGUGAGCUGUGACUUUCUGUUCUCGUCCCCUGAUUCUCCGCUGAGUUCCUGUUUCAGGGUGGUGGAUCCCGAUCAGUUCUGGUCAGUAUGUGAGUGGAGUUCAUCCAGAGCCCCGUGCAGAUUAGCAUCUGCCUUUGUUCAUCUUUGCCAGCAGAACUACAUACCGCUGGAGGUUCCUGUCCAGUGCUUGAAAGUGUGACGGAAGCCUGAGGUUAUAAGGAAUGAAGAUGCAAGAUUUAUCACCUCUUUUAGCUGCUAAAACUGACAAAUUUACACUCAAACCACUGGCUGCAUUACAUAACUCACAUAAUUAGCUUUUAUUGCAUUUUGGAUCUUGUUGUAUAUUUACAAUAGUUUUCUUACUUCCUGAAAUGUUACAUUUUAUUAGCCCCAUUGCACCAGUAAUGUGAAUGUUAAACACUAACAGA